UGUCUUGCUAUUUGUCUUGUCUUUGUAAAAGUAGGUCCUACUAACCGUAAGUCCGUAACCCUUUAUCUCUUUUGAUAAGACUAUAGUUUGCCUGCAUCUUCCAACCCUUCUCAGACCCUGAUUAUAAUACGAUAAAUAUGAUGAUUUGUAUUUUUUAUACUCUUGUAGAACUUCCCCUUGCUUGUUUUGAAAGCAUUAUAUUGUUAAUCUGGGUGAGACCAAGCAAGCUGCCCAAGAAAGUAGAAAACCAAUGCAAAAACCAGUUGGGAAAUGUGGGAUUUGAGGCCAAUGUCAAUGCCAAUGCCAAUGCAAGCUCCUAGGCCAAUGCAAGCCAUCAAGCCCCACCACAAAAAACACCAUAUUUGCCGCCACGAUCUUGUCCUCUUCCUAACUCUUUCUAUCUUCCCAUUCUUGUUCACAACUUCUCUUGCUUACACUAACAAUGAAGUAAUCUUCCUCCAUUCAUGGCUUCACACCUCUUCUCAGCCUUUACCUUCUGAUUUCACUAACUGGGACCCAUUAGAUCAAAACCCAUGUAAAUGGUCAUUCAUUACCUGUUCUGAAGAUAACUUUGUUGUAGAAAUAAACAUUCAGUCAAUCCAGUUAGCUAUCCCUUUACCUUCAAAUGUUUCAACUCUUAUACAUCUCCAAAAACUUACCAUUUCUAACUGUAAUAUCACAGGUUCAAUCCCAGAUUCUAUUGGGGAUUUUGCAGAACUCACAUUACUUGAUCUAAGCUCAAACAGUCUUGUGGGUAGUAUCCCAACUACAAUAGGACAUCUCAAAAACCUAAAAGAUUUGACUUUAAACUCAAAUCAACUCACUGGGAAAAUCCCAUCUGAGAUUGGUGAUUGUCUUAGCCUAGAAAAUCUAUCUCUUUUUGAUAACAAUUUUAAUGGUGAAAUCCCUUCUGAGCUUGGGAAACUCAUAAAGUUACAAUCUUUGAGACUUGGAGGAAACAAACACAUCUCUGGGAUGAUACCAGAGCAAAUAGGAGGGUGCCAGAAUCUGACUGUGCUUGGCUUAGCAGACACAAAGGUUUCGGGUUCGCUUCCCGGGUCAUUAGGCAUGCUGAGGAAACUACAGACUAUUGCAGUUUAUACAACAAUGCUAUCAGGGGAAAUUCCUGCAGAGUUAGGUAACUGUUCUGAGCUUGUAAGCUUGUAUCUGUAUCAGAAUAGCCUUUCCGGGUCAAUCCCUAAAGAGUUGGGUCAGCUUCAAAAGCUUGAGAAAUUGCUGCUAUGGCAGAACAAUUUGUCUGGUUCAAUUCCUGAAGAGAUUGGAAAUAUCUCAAGUUUAGUAAUUAUUGAUCUUUCUUUGAAUACUUUAUCUGGGUCUAUACCUUUAUCAUUUGGGAAUUUACCCAACUUAUUAGAGCUAAUGCUGAGUAGUAAUAACAUUUCUGGCUCAAUUCCUAGUGUUCUUGCCAAUGCUGCAAAUUUAGUGCAAUUACAGGUUGAUAAUAAUCAGAUAACAGGUUCUGUCCCAAGUGAGUUGGGAAGGUUAAGUGGGCUGCAAAUUUUUUUUGCCUGGCAGAAUAAGCUUGAGGGGAGUAUCCCUUCUGCAUUGGCUAACUGUAGCAGUCUUCAAGCAUUGGAUUUGUCACAUAACUUUCUUACAGGAGGCCUCCCCCCAGGUUUAUUCCAGCUCCAAAACCUAACAAAAUUGCUUCUGAUUUCGAAUCACAUUUCGGGUUCAAUCCCACCCGAGAUUGGUAAUUGCAAGUCGCUUAUUCGUCUCCGCCUUUUUAACAACAGGAUAACUGGGGAAAUUCCUAGAGAAGUUGGAUUCCUUGGUAGUCUUAGCUUUCUUGACAUAUCUCGUAAUCGUCUUUCAGGGUCGAUUCCUGAUGACAUAAGUAAGUGCAAAAGUUUGCAGAUGCUGAAUUUGAGUAACAAUACAAUUAGAGGUUCUAUUCCUGAUUCAUUGUCAUCUUUGAAUAAGCUUCAAGCUUUGGAUCUGUCGAAUAACCAGCUUGAGGGUCCUAUUCCAAUGAGUUUCGGGCAACUAGAUUCGCUUAAUUCUCUUCUACUUAGUAGAAAUUCACUCUCAGGAUCGAUUCCAUCAUCCCUAGGAAGCUGUUUGAACCUACAAUUUCUAGAUCUAAGUAGUAACAACUUUACAGGGGGCAUACCCAAAGAACUAUUUCGAAUCGAAGAGCUUGAUAUUGCCCUUAAUUUAAGCUGUAAUAUGCUUACCGGCAUUAUUCCUUCACAGAUAUCAGCCCUCAAAAAGCUAAACAUACUUGACCUUUCUCACAACAAUUUUAAAGGCAGUCUAAUGCAGCUCUCAGCAUUGGAUAAUCUAGUGUCUCUUAAUGUGUCUUACAACAAUUUCACAGGAUUUCUACCCGAUAAGAAACUGUUUCGACAACUUACAUCUUCGGAGUUGGAAGGAAACCGAGGGUUGUGUUCGCAUACUCAAGAUUCAUGCUUUGUAAAUGCUGACAUAGGAUCAGAAACAGGAAACGCAAGGCGAUCAAAGAAGCUGAAAUUGGCGAUUGGAUUACUGGUAGCUGUUACUGUCAUACUGGUGAUUUUGGGUGCCAUUAUAGUAGUCCGAGCAAGAAAAAUGAUUAAAGAUGACAAUGAGUCUGAAAUCGGGAUGAACGCCUGGCCUUGGCAAUUCACUCCUUUUCAGAAGCUAAAUUUUUCGGUUGAUGACGUUCUAAAGUGCCUAGUCGAGAAAAAUAUAAUCGGGAAAGGAUGUUCAGGGACUGUUUAUCGGGCAGAAAUGGAUAACGGAGAGGUUAUUGCAGUUAAGAAACUGUGGCCAACAACACGAGGGGCGAAACACGGUUGUCAGAAAGACAAAUUCAAGGACAAUGGCCGCGAUUCCUUCUCAGCUGAGGUGAAGACUCUUGGUUCCAUUCGGCACAAGAACAUAGUUAGAUUCUUAGGUUGCUGUUGGAACAAUAAUACGAGGUUGUUAAUGUAUGAUUACAUGCCGAAUGGAAGCUUAGGGAGUCUCCUCCAUGAAAGGAGUGGAAGUUGCUUGGAAUGGGAUCUUAGGUACAAGAUCAUCCUAGGGGCAGCUCAAGGAUUAUCAUAUCUGCACCAUGAUUGUGUUCCUCCUAUAGUUCAUAGAGAUAUCAAGGUCAAUAACAUUCUUAUAGGCCUUGAUUUUGAGCCUUACAUUGCUGACUUUGGCCUCGCCAAGCUUGUUGAUGAUGGUGAUUUUGCUCAGUCAUCUAGCACCGUUGCUGGUUCCUAUGGUUACAUGGCACCAGAGUACGGUUACAUGAUGAAGAUAACAGAGAAGAGCGAUGUAUAUAGCUAUGGUGUCGUCAUGUUAGAAGUACUAACAGGGAAACAACCAAUCGACCCUACCAUACCCGAUGGUCUACACAUUGCAGAGUGGGUAAGGUCAAGGAAAGGCGGUGCAGAAGUGUUGGACCAACAAUUAAUGAGCAGAUCAGAAUCAGAAAUCGAGGAGAUGAUGCAGACAUUGGGGGUGGCGUUGCUAUGUGUAACUCCGUCUCCUAAUGACCGCCCCACCAUGAAGGAUGUAGCAGCUAUGCUAAAGGAAAUAAGGCAGGAAAGGGAAGCAGAUUGUAUGAAAAUUGACACACUACUUAAAGGGUCAUCAGCAGCAAAAGACCAACAAGCUAUCAGUAAAAACAGCUCCAACGGAGGGCCAUCAACAGCAUUGCAGCAGCAAUUAUACUCGCCAAGCAACAAUAUGAGCUUCUCUGCUUCGUCUCUCCUAUAUUCUUCAUCAAAUUGCAACAUUUCUUACAAAUAAAUUAGCCUAUACCCAGGUGUUCAUUAGCAUAGAUAAAUAUGUUCUUACUAGGUUGUGUAUUAUCUUGUUUUUUUUUUCCCCUUUUUGUAAGACUGCCCCUAAAAUUCAAGUAUAUGAGGGUGAAAAAAGGAGCAAAAAUUUCAGCAGAAUUGAAUGUAGCAAGAUUUCAGGUUCAAACUAUAUACUACAUUUAUUAGCUAUAUCAAGCUACUACCAUCUAAAGUUCUGCACAAUAUGAUUGAACAAAUUCCAUGAUUUUUCAUCAAAAAUCAUUAUUAUCAUCGCAAUAAGUCCUACCCAAGUCAGUGUCUGGGAGGGUAGCAAAGAAGGGAGACUAAUACCUCUAUCACGAGUAGAUCACAUUCGAAUAGAGCCCUUCAACUCGAGUAUUGCCUGACAUAUAAAAUC